AUCUUGCUGACGUGUGCUAUUUUAAAAAUUACAACUGUAAAAUGGGAAAAGACACGCAAACGGAGCAAAACAGUGGUAGUGUAAGUGGUCAAUGUUGCACCAGCACUUCGCUUCUAUAGCGCAUCACAGAUACCUUUACAGCCCUGGCGCCGUAGCCACAGCGUUGCACUACAGCCGUGCCUGCUUGCCAGCCAACCACCUCGCUACCUGCAUUUGCACACUCUUGCAGCUGGCAGCUAGCACCUGGCCGGCCUCGCCACAGGCAUAAACGACUGCCUGCCAGCUGUUGGUGUUACUGCAGCGCUGUUGCUGCAAGGUGGCCGCCCACAGACCGCAGCCUUCGCCAAGACGCCUCCUCCGUCUCCAUCACCACCACUAAACACCAAGACGCAAACUCACUAGUGCCAUUUGUCGGCCGCCCAUGCCCCUCCACGCAGCCUACUCCCUGGAAAGGUUCUUUUGUACUUUCCCAAUUCGGUACUAUCUGGCAUCGUUCCCCGCCCAUCCUUGCUCUUGGCGCUCGUGGCGAUAUGCUGGACGCCCCAUUCGACUCAUGGGGGUUCUACACUGGGGGGGUUGACUGAGACCCCCUCGAGCCUGGUACUGUGUCAUUUACCCCAAUGGCCCAGACUUGCGCUCCCCCAGCAAGUGUUGAAAUGUAGCAGCUGUUGGAGAAGCUUGUGGGAGUUAUAUAUAUGCUAUUGUCCCCUCCCCCUCUUCCGUCCCCCCCCUUAUUGUCUACGCCUAGUCUUAGUUUGUUUCCCCAAACAUCUUCUCUUGAGGUUAUUUUCGCUCUGGUUUCACCGAGCAAACUCUCUUACGUCUCAGUGUAAGCCCUCAGCAGCGCUCACUGUUGUACUCACAGACAUCAUGUCUGCCGACAAGGAUGCCAUCCAGCCCACCGCGGCGACAACGGCAGUGGACACAGACACUACCACUCACAAAGCUGGUGUAAUGAGGGACUCUGAUCGCCACAGCACAACUACUGACGACGAUGACUGGUGGGAGGGCAAGCCCACCAAGGAGGAGCUUGCUACGCUUCCCCGUGUCUCGGGCAAGAUCAAGUGGUCCAUGUGGACUAUCGCGUUUGUUGAGCUUUGCGAGCGUUUCUCCUACUAUGGUAGCGCCGUCUUGUACACCAACUUUGUCAAGCGUGGUCUUCCAGAGGGUUCGACCACCGGUGCUCCUUUGACUACGGAUGACCUUCCCGGUGCGCUUGGAAAGGGUCUCAAGACCUCGCAAGCCAUCUCCCUCUUCAACACGUUCUUCGCCUACUUCAUGCCUCUCAUUGGUGCUUGGAUUGCUGAUGCCCGCAUGGGUCGUUUCUGGACUCUUCACCUCGCCAUCGGUAUCUCCACCAUUGCCCACGUUGUUCUUGUCGCCGCUUCCGUCCCCAGCGUCAUUGUUAAGACUGAUGUCUCAUUUGGUGUCUUCAUCCUUGGUCUUCUCUGUCUCUGUGUCGGUACUGGUUUCUUCAAGGCCAAUGUCUCCCCGCUGCUCGCUGAACAAAACGAAGACAUUCACAUGCGCGUGGAGGAGCGCAACGGCCAGCGCGUCAUUGUUGACCCCGCCAUCACCAACACCCGCAUCUUCCUCUACUUCUACCUGUGUAUCAACAUUGGUGCCCUUGCCGGCCAGAUCGGCAUGGUAUACGUUGAGCAGCUCUACGGCUUCUGGCUCGCCUUCCUCAUUCCCACCAUCCUCUUCCUCGUCGCCCCCUUUGUCCUGUGGUCCCAGAAGAAGAACUACAAGCUCACUCCCCCUACCGGUUCGCUGCUGGCCAAGUUCAUGCAAAUGGUCUUCUACGCCCGCAAGCGCAGCCCUGGAUUCUUCAAGGUCGACUGGGACCACGUCCGCCCCUCACGCGUGCCCAUUGCUGAGAGACCCCACUGGAUGACCUACGAUGACGCCUGGGUUGAUCAAGUCCGCCGUGGUCUCAUGGCUUGCAAGGUCUUCCUCUUCUUGCCCAUCUUCUUCCUCGCCUACAACCAAAUGACCAACAACUUGACCAGCCAGGCUGGUACCAUGGUCCGAAACGGUGUCCCGAACGACGUUAUUCAGAAUCUCAACCCCAUCUCCAUUGUCAUCAUGAUUCCCAUCCUUGAUCACCUGAUCUACCCUGGUCUGCGCAAGAUGGGCUUCGCCUUUACCCCCAUCAAGCGUAUGGCCGUCGGUUUCUUCUUCUCCAUGAUUUCCAUGAUUGCCUCUGCUGUUAUGCAGUACUACAUCUACCAGAUGAGCCCCUGCGGCUGGUACGCUAACAAGGAGAUUGACGGCAAGCAGUGCGAUCCUGCCCCCAUCAAUGUCUGGGCCCAGUGCUUGCCCUACAUCCUGGUUGGUCUUUCCGAGAUCUUCACCAACGUCACCUCGCUCGAGUACGCUUUCUCCAAGGCCCCCGAGAACAUGAGAUCCCUCGUCAUGAGUGUCAACCUCUUCAUGAGUGCCAUCUCCGCCGCCAUCGGCCAGGCUUUCGUCCCCCUCUCCGAUGACCCCAACUUGGUCUGGAACUACACUGCCACUGCUGUCAUUGCUGCUGCAGGUGGUAUGGGCUUCUGGUUCUGCUUCCGUCACCUCGACACUGAUGAAGACAAGUGGAACAUGUUGAAGAAGACCGAGUACGUUGGCAACAACCAGCCUGGUCUUGAGAAGUACGAACAAGCCUAAGCUGGCUUCCUGCGACAAAGAAAACUUUUUGAAAAUGAAAACAUGCGUUUGAUGUAGCUCCCGUUACUGUCGAUGCUACUUUGUACUUUAACUCAGAUACCAAAUACCUACAAUCGUCUCACUCUACAA